AUGUCUGCGAAACUACGUAUCGCGUUUGUUCACCCUGAUUUAGGUAUAGGCGGCGCGGAACGACUUGUGGUUGACGCUGCCCUGGGCCUACAGAAGCUCGGGCAUGAAGUCGACAUAUACACGUCACACCACGAUCCGAACCAUUGUUUCGACGAAACACGCGACGGUAUGAACAUUGAAAGUCAUAACAUCACCCCGCCCUUCCCCCGCUCAUUCCGCGGCAAAUUCCACAUACUACUCUCGCAUGCUCGCCAGCUGCACCUCACGACCCACCUGCUCCGGUCGACCACACCGAAGUACGACGUGUACUUCGUCGACCAGUUGUCGACGUGUGUGCCGUUGCUGCGCGCUCUGGGGCGUACACGAGCGGUGUUCUAUUGCCACUUCCCCGACAAGCUUCUCGCGGAUGGCGCGUAUGUGGAGGGGAAGGGUCGGCGGAGAGGGAGUCUGCUGAAACGCGUGUAUCGCUUGCCCAUGGACUGGCUCGAGGAGUUCACGACGAGACAAGCCGACGUGAUACUCGCCAACUCAAAGUUCACCGCUCGAGUCUUUAAGAUGCACUUCGCCUCUAUCCCGUCAACGCCCAAGGUCGUAUAUCCCGGCAUCAACUUGUCCGCCUACGAGGCUACCUCAUUCGAUACCCAGGACCAAGAUAUCCUAGACAUUGCUUCAGACCACCCAACGCUGCUAUCGCUGAACAGAUUCGAGCAGAAGAAGAAUGCCGCGCUGGCCGUCGACGCGUUCGCGCUCCUCCGGAAGAAGCUCGCCAGCGACGCGACUUCUCCUUCCUCAAGCAAGAUGCGGCUAGACAACAUGAUGACGCUCGUCGCGCUCAUCGACCGUGCCAAAGCGCACUCCCUCUCCUUCAACAUCAUCACCCCCUCCGCCUCGCGCAUCACCGUCCCGCCCUUCAACACGACCCCCGCCGCGCCCGACGUCCUCUUUCUCCUCAACUUCACCACCGCGCAGCGGUCCGCGCUCCUCUCCGCGCCCUCCACGCUCGCGCUCCUCUACACGCCCAUGAACGAGCACUUCGGGAUCGGGCCCGUGGAGGCGAUGGUCUGCGGCCUGCCCGUACUCGCGUGCAACGGCGGCGGCCCCACGGAGAGCGUCGUCGACGGCCCGCCGGAGGAGCGCACCGGCUGGCUGCGCGCGCCCGAGCCGGACGUCUGGGCGGACGCGCUGGCGGAGAUCGUGGGCUUCUCGGCGGAGGAGCGGCAGGCGUUGGCUGCGCGCGCGAAGAAGCGGGCGGCGGAGUACUUUGGGAUGGAGGCGAUGGCGAAGGGCCUGGAGAGCGCGCUCAAGGAGGCGGCGGCGAAGGGCCCGGUCGUGAUGGCAGAGGCCGGCCUCAGUUCCUCUAGUAAAGACAACUAA